UAUCUUUCGAAUUAGAAUUUGAAAACCAAACCUCUCCUUGCAACUGAAUCGAUCCAGCUAUCAUGGCGCCCAAGGAUGUUCUGCUCGUUGGUUUUGGCGCAGUUGGCGCCGUAUACUCUCUCAUCUUCAAGAAGAGCGGUCUCGCACGAGUCACGGCCGUGGCGAGGAGUAACUAUCACCUAGUCAAUGAACAUGGGAUGCAUUUUAAAAGCCGUAAAUACGGUGAUAUACCAGGAUGGAGGCCUGAUAGAUUGUGCUCCUCCGUUGCAAGCGCUGCGGACCAACGAUAUGACUACGUCGUUCUCACCACCAAGGCCGUUCCAGAACUCAUCAAAACGCCCGAGAUUCUGGAGCCGCUUCUGUCUGCCCCAUAUUCUGACAAGUACCCUCAACCGAUAUAUGUUUUAAUCCAGAACGGUUUGGGCGUCGAGGUCGACCUCUACAAUGCUAUCAAGAGCCUCGGUAAAGGUCCUCCACAGAUUAUCAGUACCUCCGUGUUUAUAGCUACCAAUCUACUCGCGCCGAAUGUCGUACAGCACGGUGCCUUUGAUAGACCAACUCUCGGCAUGUACAGGUAUCGGGAUUUCACGACCAUUGUCAAUACCCCGGAAGAAGAUUCCAUUCUUCGUGACAUCGGCGGGAUGUUAGAGAAGGGUGGAAGCACAGUCACCCUAGUAUCUGAAAUCCAAAGGUUGAGAUUUGCAAAGAACUUUUGGAAUGUAGCAUUCUCUUCGCUAGCAACUUUGACAGGGUAUACCCCGACAGCCAUAUUUCGACCACUACCUUCAGAUCCUGCGGUUCCAUAUGAAACUUACGUGUAUCCGAAGACAGCACAUCUCAUAAACGAGAGCACCAUUCCAAACGUUAAGGCUGUAUUGACUGAGCUAAUGAACUUAGGAAGAGCAAUGGGCUUUCCAGACACUGAGGAUGGUCUUCCUUCGUCUCUAGUAGAAGGCACCGUUGAGAGAACCAGAGUUCUGCACAUAGAACCCGACCACUCGCACAAGCCAAGUAUGAUGCUCGACGCUGAAAAAAGUUUGCCUAUUGAAGUCGAAGUCAUUCUGGGCGAAGUCGUCAGAUUGGCCAAAGAGUACAAAGUUGACAUUCCGCGAAUUGAGAUGAUGUACUCCCUAUUGCUCGUGGUUCAAAACCAGAUCUUACGCAAAUUGGGGAAGUGAGGGAGUCAGUAUGUCAGUAAUAGCAUAAUAUACAUAUAUAAGAUUAGACGACAUUAUUAUUAUUACUUGGCAUUUCCA